AUGAAGCAGUUGCACAAGCAAGCCGGUACAAGAAGAGAUGAAGAAAUCCCCAUGUCCCAAAACCCACCUUACUCUCCCAAAGCCUUGAAACACCCCAGAUCCCUUCCCAGAUCUCUCAAUUAUCUGCUCAAAGAACAGAGACUUCUUUUCAUUCUUGUGGGCAUUCUUAUUGGCUCCACUUUCUUUAUCGUCCAACCUUCCCUUUCCUACCUCUUGUCGGCUUCUUCCGGACCCAGAAUUCCCAGAUCCCACAUUUUUUCUGGGAAUCGUGAAUCGGUUAGCCUUUAUGAUCCCACGGGGGUGGUGGGAUAUGAUGAGAAUUAUAGGAGUAAGUACCAUAAUGGGGUGGGGAGAGUGCCGGUGGGGAUAAGAAGCAAGAGGAAGAGGAUUGUAGUAACUGGAGGGGCUGGGUUUGUGGGCAGUCAUUUGGUGGAUAAGUUGAUCGCUCGAGGUGAUGAUGUGAUUGUGAUUGACAAUUUCUUCACUGGGAGGAAGGAGAAUGUAGUACAUUUGUUUGGGAACCCGAGAUUCGAGCUGAUUAGGCACGAUGUCGUUGAGCCAAUUCUGUUGGAGGUGGAUCAGAUCUACCACUUGGCUUGUCCUGCAUCUCCCGUUCAUUACAAGUAUAAUCCUGUCAAGACUAUCAUAUCCUUAUUACAGAUGUUAUUACUUAUUAGAAUGAAUGACUUUUUAUUUUGA